GCUCUGACGCAGAGACUACCGGCCCUCUUCUUCUGUCACUCGCGCUCGGUGCUCGAUUGGCUCCGUCUGAAAGAACCAUGGCAGACCAAGAGGGCAGCAUCACCGUCCCUGACUUUAGCUCCCUUCUCCAAAUGGACCCUUACCUGAAACCUUUCGAGCAGGACCUCAAGAGGAGGCACGAGCAUCUGCAGAAGCUGCUUUUCCAGCUGGAAGAGACAGAGGGGGGCUUCGACCAGUUCACUCGCAGCUACCGGAGCUUCGGAGUGCAACGGCAGCCCGACAACAGCCUCUUCUUCAAAGAGUGGGCGCCAGGGGCGGAGGCCCUCUUCCUCACCGGGGACUUCAAUGACUGGAAUAAAUUCUCCCACCCCUACGCCAAGAAGGAAUUUGGUAAAUGGGAACUAAUUCUUCCGCCAAAGCAUGACGGGUCCCCAGCUGUGGAUCAUAACUCCAAACUCAAGGUGGUUGUUCACACCAAUGAUGGCCAACGCAUCUACCGGAUCUCGCCUUGGGCAAAAUAUGUGGCGAGGGAGGGGAAAGCUGUCAUCUACGACUGGGUUCACUGGGAUCCUCCUCACCCUUACAUCCAUAUUCACCCUCGGCCAAAGAAACCCACAAGUUUGAGAAUAUACGAGGCUCACGUGGGCAUCGCUUCACCAGAGCCAAAAGUCGCCUCAUAUUCCAACUUCACAACAAAUGUGCUGCCUCGAAUAAAAGACUUGGGUUACAACUGUAUUCAACUUAUGGCUAUUAUGGAGCAUGUGUAUUACGCCUGUUUUGGAUAUCAAAUUACAAGUUACUUUGCUGCUUCCAGUCGUUAUGGGACUCCGGAUGAGUUGAAGCAGCUGAUCGACGUGGCUCAUUCAAUGGGCAUUGUGGUGCUGCUGGACGUGGUUCACAGUCACGCCUCCAAGAACACAGAGGACGGCUUGAACCGCUUUGAUGGCACCGACUCUUGUUUCUUUCACUCACCCCCCAGAGGGGAGCACUCACUCUGGGACAGCCGCCUCUUCAACUACUCCAGCUGGGAAGUGCUGCGGUUCCUGCUUUCAAACUUGCGUUGGUGGAUGGAGGAGUACCGCUUUGAUGGGUUCCGAUUCGACGGUGUUACUUCCAUGUUGUACCAUCACCAUGGCAUCGGCACCGGCUUCUCCGGGGACUACAAUGAAUACUUUGGCCUCCACGUGGAUGAAGACUCUUUGGUUUACCUGAUGCUUGCCAAUCACAUUCUUCAUACCCUUUAUCCAGACUGCAUCACCAUCGCAGAGGAUGUUUCAGGGAUGCCGGCACUCUGCAGAGGAGUGCAGGAGGGAGGACUGGGCUUUGAUUACAGACUGGCUAUGGCCAUUCCUGACAAGUGGAUCCAGAUCCUGAAGGAGUUAAAGGAUGAGGACUGGAACAUGGGGGAUAUUGCCUUCACUCUGACCAACAGGCGAUAUGGAGAGAAGUGCAUUGCCUAUGCAGAAAGCCACGAUCAGGCUCUGGUUGGUGACAAAACGCUGGCCUUUUGGUUGAUGGACAAGGAAAUGUACACCAACAUGAGCACCUUGAUUCCCAUGUCGCCCAUCAUCGACCGCGGGAUCCAACUGCACAAAAUGAUCCGCCUGCUUACUCAUGGUCUCGGGGGAGAAGGCUACCUAAACUUUAUCGGAAAUGAGUUUGGCCAUCCAGAGUGGCUGGAUUUCCCCAGGGAAGGCAACAAUCAGAGUUACCACUAUGCCCGACGGCAGUUUAACCUGUUGGAUACGGAUCACCUCCGCUACUGCCAGCUCUACGCCUUUGACCGGGACAUGAACCGCGCCGAAGACAAGUACGGCUGGCUGGCAGCUCCACCUGCCUUUGUUAGCGCCAAGCAUGAAGGGGACAAGGUCAUUGUGUUUGACAGGGCAAACGUGCUCUUUAUCUUCAACUUCCACCCCAACAGAAGCUUCCAGGACUACAGGGUCGGUGUAGAAGCUGCAGGAAAAUACAAAAUCAAGCUGGAUUCAGACGAGGUUCAGUAUGGAGGACACGGACGCCUCGACCACAGCACGGACUUCUUCACAGAACCUCAUCCCUUCAACGGCCGCUCCAACUCCAUGCUGGUCUACAUCCCCUGCAGAACAGCUAUUGUCCUGGCCAACGAAGAGAUAGAUUACUGUUAUUAGAAGAUGAUUGUUUCCACAGAGACCGGGAUUGAGAAUGGAUUCCUAACUCAAACUGAGCGUUAACAGUCACCUUCAUCUUAAAGUGUCAACCUUGAACACCAGCAAAACCUACCCUUUGUGCUGGAGCCCCCUUUUUUUAGUCUAAGUGGGAGGUUAAAGAGGUAGAAAAAAAAAUUCCAGAUUCUGUGCUUUCAACUACCAUCUGCAACCUUAGACACCGCGUAACUCGACUUCCAUGGUCCAUUUGGGAAGCGUCCAAGCAAACAGCAUCUACGUCCUAAAACGACGACAACCUCUGAGCCCAUCCUGAAGUAACCAGCAACUGUUUGUGGGUUUAGCUUAAAUGCAUGGCUGGCAACUCUGGCCAAGAAAAGCAAUAACAUCACGACUCCUGUAUUCAAACAAGUUCAAUGAAGGUUUUGUGUUAAAUAAAAACACACUAAGCAGUAUUAGCUCAAUGUGUCCAGGUACAUUCGCUUAAACACUGUGUACGAAUAAACUGUCAUUUGCACAAAGUAUAAACAAA